AUGGCGGCUGCACAUCCAACCCAGGAUCAAAUCUCACAGGUGGUUGCAAUCACCCAAGCAGAUGAUUCGGCCGCCAAAUUUCUGCUCAUGAAGAGCAAUAACGACGUCAACGCCGCUAUAAACGCCUACUUCGAGGAUCCGGUAGGCUCUUUGAAGGAGCCACCGCCUGCAAACCAAUGGCAAGAGCAGGAUAAUGUACCAUUUGCCGAUGAUUCCAGCAUGGGAGGCAUGCCUGCUUUGUCUCGCCCACCCUCGCGAGUCGACGGCAGCAGAUCCUUCGUUGAUCUGUCGGCAGAUCACGCCGCAGCCAAUUCGAAAGAUGCAAAAACCUUGAGAGAACAGGAGGAGCUGAACGACCCAGAAAUUCAACGUGCAAUGGCCGAAUCCCUGCGUCAAAACGGGCCAGCACAAGAAAAUGGGAUUACUGGCACAGGAGCACAUUUUGGACCGGCAAAUAGAGACUAUUAUGACCCUUCUAAUUGGGCCCUCACCACCUUUUCUACAGCGCGGGAAAUUAUCGAUCACCCUCCUCCCUCAAAGCGACGGCGUAUUGAUGAUCAGCCAGCCUUCCUACGAGGAUCCAAAGAAACGGACUAUCUCGCUCCGCUCUUAACCAUCUACCACAGUAUCCCCCUAGCUCGGGAAGCUUUGCUAAUGCCAGGUCUCAAAAUACACGCUUAUGGCCAUGACGAUAGUUGGUGGUCAGGCACAAAUGAUGAGAACACGAAAUCGUUAUCUACCGAUAACAACCUACGCGUCGACCGAGAUGACUGCAAUGUACUCGCCGAGAUUCAAUGCUUGAUGGCUUUCCUCGACAAAACAAAUCGUGCUUAUGGCAGCGUUGAUGCACUCGCUGAUCUUCACCGCGUGAGGAAUAACAACGAUCCUUCUUCAUUUGUUCGGGUGAUGCAAGCAUGGAGCUCCGCGGCUCUGAAUCAGGAUCCAAAUGAGCAACUGACACAGGUCUUCACCUCCACUGCCGUGAAGGAGAAUGGUCCCGAGAACAGUCGACAAGAGGAAGAAAUGGUCUGCGUGGAACCAUACGUCAAUCCGUCACUUGGUCAAACCCUUGUGGAUGUGCUGGACAAUACCGUCUGGAACGACGAGAGGGGGAAUAUCGAUGAUGUGUGGAUUGACCACGCGGCUGAGAUUUUCACAAUACGCGUUCGCGAUCCCGAUACUGGUAAGAGUGAAAUGAACUUGCACCUGGAUCCUGUAUGGUACCCGGAUCGCUAUAUGCAAGAAUGCAGGGAGGCAAGCAUGCAUAUCAGGAAAGAAUUGCGAAAAAUCCACUGGGAAGUUGAGCAAUGCACAACAAUACAGAGGCGCUGUGACGUGUUAAGGAUGCCUGACAACAGGGUCCUCAUGGUUCGGGACGUGCUCAAUGCGGCUAGUAAAGCAUCUCUAGGCGUGGCUGGGAGGAAACCAACCUCUGAUGCACUGUAUGGUGGUCAGGACAGCAUGGGCAUGACCGAAGAUGCUGUGAGUUCUCGUGAGGUCGAGGACGUUCGAACCGAGCUUCAACUUGUCCUUCAACGUAUUCAGCAGAAAUUUCAACAGCUCGAAUCGAGAAAAGCCCAACUUCGGCAUACAAUGCGCCAGAUAGCGGCCCAUCUCACACGGCCUACUUCAGAAAGCCCGGAUUUCCCGCGGAGGAAGUAUACUUUGCAAGGGGUAUCAACGACAACCAAUAUCACCUAUGUCCGCCGACCGAACCAAGACCUGCUACGACUCAACGACGACGAAUCUUCAAGUGAAGACCAGGAGGGCCAAUGGUGGAAGAUGGCAUGGUUGCAGGAGGAGAGCAGUACAGUGCCCCUAGCACCUGUAGCGGGGCCUGUCACCCGUGAACAAGCCCACAAUGAUCCAACCACAGCAGCUGCGGGCAUUUCAACAGAAAGGGAACAGUCGAAACAGUAUACUGUAUCCAAAGUAAGCGAAAAGGAUGUGCUUGAAGCGGUGAAGAGUGCACAUCAGUCCGUCCUGCUGGUCUACGCGACCGAGAACGCGAUGAAGUUCAAAGGCACUGAACUGAGCCUUCCUCUCCGACACUUCGUGGAUCGUGACAAUCAGGCAUUUGCCGAGGAACUCCGAGAGGAGGAAGCCACACUGAGCAACGACUCUGGAGAUCACGAGCUCGAAACCGAGUUUGAGGAUGUACCUUUGAUUGAUCAGACCGGGUCGAGCAGUUCCGUGCGUGAGUUUACGCCAAUGUCAACCUCAAGUCCUGGAAUUCGUGACGAAGAAGGACAACCGUCACCUAAGCGAGCAAGAGAAGGGGACAGCGGUUUCCACCCAGAGUUACCACCUUCAUAUGAAGAGACUGUAGGCAGACCAGAGAUGCAGGAGCGAAAGGGAAAUAAGAUUGGCUUCCAUGCGGAGCAAAUGCUGCAGAAGUAUGGGACGACGGAUAGCGCCACCGAUAUCGACGAGAAAGCCAAUCCAGAGGGCGACCCUGUGCGUCUCGAGCAUUCAGCAUAG